AUGAAAAACACUUUCAGGAAGACAAAAAUCAAUUCAAAACGGCCAACCCGACUAGCACAUAAAGAUUUGGGAGAUGAUUCCGAUGACGUGUGGAAGAAGAAGACGCUGUCGCAAACACAAGUGGAUCGUGAAUCUACCGUCCCACCUGGCCAAUUAGCAUCUGAAUACGAGUCUUUACUCUAUGAAUCACGAAAACAUAAUCUGGACAACUAUAAGGCACGAUUUCGAAAAGACCUGAUUGCUUUGAAAAAUCAGAGCACCGAAUUUGCCCAGGAUCUUCUCAGGGGUAACAUGUCCAUGAAAGAAUUUUGCGAAUUAAAAGACUCGGAAUUGCUAUCCAAAAGGCAGAAGACCGAAGACAAACAUCUUCUCGAAAAAGAAUUGAAAAGUAAGAUCACUACGAAUUUGCCUGACACUAUCAAUCAAAUCAAAAGCCAGGCCAAUACUGUAUCCGAAAAAUGGGGUAUCAGUGAAAGCGCUGCUAAAAUCGAUCCCGAUUUUGACAACUAA